GUGUUGACUGUUAAAGGGAAAGAGAAGGGAGGAAGAUCGAGGAGCCUGGGGAGGAGACAUCCCAUCCUCACAGCGCAAGCAGCAAGUGAGAGUUUGUGCGUGACUGAAAAGCAGCUGCUGGUUCAUCAUGGCUCAGGUGCUGCACAUGGAUUCCGGCUUCCCAGGGAAACUCAACUCACCUGUUCCUCCAACACUGCACACCAAAGAACAGGAGGCGCCCUACUCAGUGGAGACCCCCUAUGGCUACCGUCUGGACCUUGACUUCCUCAAAUAUGUUAACGACAUAGAAAAGGGAAACACUAUCAAAAAGGUGCCUAUACAGCGCAGGCCGCGCUACGGUUCCCUGCCUCGGGGCUACGGCUAUGCUGGCUCCUGGUGGACUUCCACAGAGUCUCUGUGCUCCAAUGCGAGCAUGGAGAGCAGGCAUUCCUCUUAUUCUUACUGUGCCCCAGGCUACCACACAUCACAGAGACCAAGUUUUAGUACAGCUCGGGUGGAGAAGACCCUGUUAGAUGCUCGCAGGAAGCUGGAAGAGGAGAAGGAAGGGAGGAGAUUCUCUAACCUUGGCAGCAUGAACAACAGUGUGGCAGGCUCCAACACCUCGCUUAGCAGUGCGCACAGCUUCAACCGGGCACAUGGUGGAGGUGGGGCCUUUACUCCUAUGAGCUCGGGCCUCUCAACACCAGUGACUCCGACCCCUGCGCAUUUACAACAUGUCAGAGAGCAGAUGGCUGCGGCCCUCCGGAAGAUAAAGGAGCUAGAGGAGCAGGUGAAGACAAUCCCUGUACUCCAAGUUAAAAUCUCUGUGUUGCAGGAGGAGAAAAGGCAGCUCAGUGUCCAGCUAAAAAGCCAAAGGUUUCUUGGACACACUCUGGGUUUUAGCCGAGGCCGACCCCGUGGGGAGCUGUACAUCGACAUUCCUGAGGAGGAGGUGGGCACGGGAGCUAAAGGCACCAACAAGACAGCAGGGCCAUUGUCUCCAACUGAAGUCUCUAAGCAGGAUUCAGGCUGUGAAAUCGAGGACACAGUGAUUGUGGGUGGAGCCCGACCAGAUGCUAAGAGAGAAGUGCGCACCAUUGGAGUUGGACCAGAGGGUUCUAGGGGCAGUUGUGAUGUGGGGGUCUGGGUUCAGGAGAAUGAUUUGGGGCUUCUCCCUGAGACAGAGGUGCUCAAAGAUCAAGUUGGUCAGCUUGAGGGCAAGCUAAAAAUUACUCUGCAGGAGCUGCAGGCUGCACAGCUGCAAAAGACCCUUCAAGCGGAGCAUCCAGUAAUGGCCACCAGCAUAGGGUGGCAGGAACCACAAGACAGCAGCCUGCACACUAUGGUCAGCUUCACACAGCAGCCUCAUCAGAGAGAACAGAGAACUGUGGGGAUCCAGGUGUACACAUUGGAGAAACCUACCGUGGUGGAGGUGGGCACGUUCCUUCGAGCAAAGACCUGCAGCUCUCCAUCACCUCAACCAGCGGGUGGAGUUACAGAGGGUCACCAAAAAGGACAAACUGAAGAAGGUCCCGUUGAAUUACCAAUUGCAGUCAGCUCCAAGCAGGUUCGUGACGUCCUGAAAAGUGGAUUGUCCACUUCUGUACCUGUCAGUAAUCCUGCCAUCGUUGUAGCAUCUGGCGAUCAGAUCGGUUUGGAGCAAAGCAAAGAGUCCCACGAGGGCUUUUCUAAAGCAGCCUCAUCUCCCCAGUCCUCGCUGAGAUCAAUUAUGAAGCGGAAAGCAGACGGUGAACCAGGCUCCCCCUCUACAAAGAAAAACCUGCAGUUCAUUGGAGUGAAUGGAGGCUAUGAGUCCACGUCUUCAGAUGAUAACAGCAGUGAGAGCUCAGACGAUGGAAGUGACUCCAGUGAAUAUCAUGAAGCAAGAGAAAAACUUCCAGAGUCCACCAACCAGCACCAGCACAUACCUGUUAGUAAGACGUCCCAGCCCCAAGAAGAAAGCACCAGUGUACCUCAACAAACUGCCAUAAAGAUACCAGCUAUAACCCACCUGCUGCAUAGCUCCAGCCAGUCUGCAGCUGUGGACACAAAACUGUUAGAAAAAGCUCCUCAGUCACUAGCAACAGAGUCUGUUGACCCAAAAAGUGCCUACGAAACGACAAAUUCCACCUCAGCUGCCCCAGUCAAGGAUUCUGUCUCCACUGUGGACCAGUUAUCAGAUAAGCACACCUCCACUAAGAAGGUCACUUCCACAUCUAGCGCCGAAUCUGCAACAAACGCCGUUAGGUGUUCUUCAGCAUGUGUCGCUAAAUCUGAUGAAGUUGCCGCUCAUUCAGAAACAUCUACCACCUCCUUUCAGCCAGAGUCCAAAGCAGCAGCUGAGAGUAUUAAACAUGACACUUCUAAAGCAGUCAGGCUGGAGCUGAGUGAAAACCUGGUGUCAGCUCUGUAUACUCUGCAGAAAGCCCUUAGGGAGCCUAAUGCUUUCAGCCAACAAGCAGCAAGGACCGCCUACACCACCGUCCUACAGGAGUGGCUACGUGUGUCCUGUCACAAAGCAGCCAACAUAGCGGUUGUCAAGGCCUACAUGGAUACCUUCGCCUCCAUCUCCCCUCAGCUGCUGGAAUUCGUGAUCAACAUGGCAGACGGCAACGGGAACACAGCGCUCCACUACACCGUCUCUCACUCCAACUUCCCUGUGGUGAAACUUCUGCUGGACACUGGCCUGUGUAAUGCUGACAAGCAGAACAAGGCCGGCUACACAGCCAUCAUGUUGACAGCUCUGGCCGCCUUUCACUCUGACAGCGACCUCCAGACUGUCCUGGAGCUGCUGCGCACCGGGGACGUCAACGCCAAAGCCAGCCAGGCUGGUCAGACAGCGCUGAUGCUCGCAGUGAGUCACGGACGAGCGGACAUGGUUCGGGCGCUGCUGUCCUGUGGAGCUCAAGUCAACAUCCGUGAUGAUGAUGGCUCCACUGCCCUCAUGUGUGCCUGUGAACAUGGCCAUGUGGACAUUGUUCGUCAGCUCCUUUCUGUCCCAGGCUGUGAUGCAACACUCACUGAUAAUGACGGCAGCACUGCUCUGUCCAUCGCCCUGGAGGCCAGUCAAAACGACAUCGCUGUACUUCUGUAUGCUCACCUUAACUUUGCCAAGCCUCCUUCACCUGUGACGCCUAAGUCUCCUCUCUUGGGUUCUUCUCCUCCAUCUGGUGAACCAAAAUAAUCCACACUCCUGCAGUUGACAGCAGCUCCACAGCUACUCCACUCAUGUUUCUCCAUCCAUAUAAUAAAAAAAAAACAGUGAGUUUGUACAUGUGUUUGUUUCACCCUAAAUGUUUUUUGGUACAUUGCAAUGUGCAUAUAAUUACAUGACAGCUUAAACCAUUGUCAUAUGUUAGUUAUUUCUGUCUUUUAAAAUCUCAGUUAUUGUGGGAAGUAUACAGUAGGUAUGACAAAGCGAACAUGUAGUCUCAUCAGUCUAGCAUUGCAACAUUUCAGUUCUGUACGCUGUUUGUGGUGGCCCUUACAAGUCAAAACUGUAAACCAAAUUUCAUUAUCCUGAUUAGUGUUACUCAAUUCUCAUUUUAUUCAUAAUUUGUCUCAUUUUAGAUGUUAUUAGGGGCAAAACACACAUGUAAAAAAGCUGUUCUGCAGUAGCAUGAUUAUGUGUGACCAUUACUGCCAUUUGGAAUAACAAAAGCCAGCCGUCUCAUAAAUAAGUGUCCUUGCAUCAACUAGCUCAUUGGUGCUACUAAAUAACACAAAGGUCACCACCUCCACAUUGUGUCACUAUUUACACCAGAGUAUUUUUAUAUUAUUUGUUUUUAUUCUGACCUCAUUCAGGACCUCUAUUGAUUAUGCUUUUAUUUCCCAGGUAGUGGGAAACUUAUUACCAGAAGACAAAUACAAAUUUUAUGCAUUGGCAAAUUAUACCAAAAGAUCUCUUUCCUCAACUUUAAGACAGUGUGUAAUACAUGGUCUUUUUUAUUUAUUGCCAGGAAGGUGUCCUCAGCAGUGGUAAGAAGACAUUAGAUUGUAUCAGUUUAUGCAACGUGUGUUUGUAAGAUUAACUGGGUUGAACAGUGACUGUCAGGGAAACAGGAAGUGAGUUUUUCUGAGUCUUCAAAGUGUGUCUUGUGUAAGAUAUAAAUACUGAAAUAAUAUAUGCCAACACAAACUCAGAAUGGUUAUGUCUGAAGUCUAACUCAACAAACGUGCAUAGGCUGUUGAUGUCAAAAUGUCUUUUCCUUUUUAAGGAUUUUUUCACCUUUUCAUAUCUACUUUCUAGUGAAGAUUUUUUGAUAAACUUCAGAUUUUUUUAAAUUUAAGUAUCUAUCUUUUUUAUACAUAUAGAAUUUUUAACUUCACUCCAAUUGUAUGUAAUAGCACAGCUGUUGUUUUUUUUCUGCUGGUUUCUGUAAAUUAUAGACUUUGUCUUCUGUAAUAUGUGUGUUUUGAAAAACAGUUACUUAAUUAAUGUGCAGCACAUAUUUGUCUUCUAUUCAUUUGGGAUUGUGAGCAUUUUGUAACAUUACAGCCACAUAUUUCUAUGUGUUUUUGGGGGCUUUGAGUGAUAGAUCAACAGAAAGUGGUGCAAAGCUGUUAAAAUUAGGAAAGAUGAGACACACUUUCAACAAUUUUACAAAUAAAUGUCUGAAAAGUG